UUCCUCCCUUCUCUGUAUUUCUGUUUUGACUUUUUUCACUCUCCACUUCUCUAGUAUUCGAACUGCCACGCCUUACCGAGUGAGCCGUUCUGUGACCUGAAAUGGUUGUUCUCAAUUUAGGGUUUCCGUACACUCACCCUUUGUUCUUCCUCUCGACCCCUCUUUCUCGCUCCACACGUCAACAGCAAAAUUCAUGGAGAUUGAUUUCUUCCGGAGGAGACAUAUCAGGGCUGCGAACUAAAUUUUCAAGGAACGGUGAAGAAGAGGAGACAACGCAGAGUUUGAAUGUAGAGAGAGAAAAAGCACUAGAGGCUCUGCAACAGCUCGAUAACCAGAUUCAGAGCUCAUUACAAAGAGAAACCAGAAGAAAAAGGAGCACAGCAUAUAUAGAUUCUGACCGUAAGAGGAUUUUGAGAGAAGCUGGUUUCGGAACUGAAGACGUGCCACAGUUUUCAAGCUCAUUUCUUGCAUAUUCUGUUGUUGUUCUCCUUGUCCUAACUAUUGUCAACAAUGUACUCUUCAAUAUUUUCAUAAGCUCACCACUGGAAGGCAAAGGAACUCAAAGUGUUCCCACAAAAGACCGUUUUCUUGCAGAGUAAUGCUAAAGUUACAGUAGCUGGUUAUGAAUAUUCACUAAGGAGAUAGUGUACAAACGUGUCCUCUCUGAACUCUUUCAAGUUAGCAUUUUCAACCAAAUUUACGAAGAUUGGACUAGACAGCAGUUCGGCAGCUGAAUUGGUGAUCGGACCCUUGCCCAGUCAGAUACAAGCAACAAAUCAGUAUUUGUUGAGAGUUACUCAAAACCGAUGGUUGAUUGGUUUGACCGAUUUGAUCGUCCGUUUUAUUUGAUAAGCCCGUUCUAUCUUUUCCCCAUCUCUCUCUAUUUUUUGGCUUGCUUUUUGACCUUUUAUUAUCCAUUCUUUUUUAAUUGUACAUAAUAUUUUCAUGGGUGUGGUCCGUUUUAUUUGAUAAGCCAGUUCUAUCUUUUCCCCA